UCGAAAUAUUAACCCAACUGUGCGCAACGGCAAUAGCAACAGCAAAUAACCAUAACAAUGACGAAAGCAGAAAGCAAAAAGCAAAAGCAAGAAAGCCUAGGUCCAACCAGAAAAAGCAAAAGCAAAUGAGAGCAUCGGCUGCAGCAGUUUAAUGUCUUUCACAGUUGCCUUCAAUACGGGCUCUUCCCAAUCGGACACUGAUUCAUUUUGGGAACACGAAGUCCAAAAUCUCUAUGGAACGAGACUCCAUGCGGAAUUAGGGAUGCAAUUCACAAUUCCGUGGUGAUUUUCUUGUCCAGACCCCAGACAACUAUAUCGAUGGUGGGUGCACAGACGACCACUACUCCCAACUCUCUUCCACUCCAAGCCCUCUCGUUUUCCCCCUCACCAUUCUCCCCCGAGCUCUUGACCGAAAAAUGUCUGACACCAUUGCAGCCGAAAACGAAGGAAUCUGUCCUCUAAACGAAUCAAAGGGUCAGGAAAUUGAUACACCAGUUGACCAAGAUUCCCAGAAAUUAGAGCAAGACAUCUUAGAGACAUACAUAACCGCGCCUCUGAAAAUCGUAGAGCCCUUCGAGAAGUUUGAGAAGGAAAAGGAGGAGGAAGGCAAGGAGAAGGAUAGCCCAAUAAGAAGCUCCACAAGUCCGGAGGAUCUUACCGAGAUCGAAGUCAUCAGUGCCAAGGCAAAGAAGUCUGUUAGCUUCAAUCCCAACGACGAGGAGAUUCGAAAGUUCACCACCGGUGAACCGAUUGUGGAUCAAAAGAAUCCAUUCCGCAAUGGCAACAUAGCCGCCACGCGGGAGAAGAAGACACCGCCUCCGGUGCCAACGAAACGAUCGACGCUAAGUGUUCGCAAAACCGUGACCCAGCAACUUAGGGAACGCGAACGUGAACGGGAGCGCGAAAAGGAGCGGGAGCAGCAGAAGAACGAGUCCAACACUCGAAAAAGUAAGCUCAAUCGUGCCCAGCCGCAGACUGAUGACUUUGUGACCACUGAGGAGGUGCUCAAGCAAUCCAAGUAUGUGAAAACGUACAUCAAGAAUCCGGACGCGUACUUUGUCUAUGAUCCCUCGGUGCUGGCACGUCUCAAGUUAGAGGAACUGAAGGAGACGACCGGCAAGUUGCCCAAAAGAAAACAGCCGGUGAAGGAAACGCGAACGGGUAAACAGGCCCGCCAUCAAAAUCAUAAUCAGAAUCCGAACCAGAAGGCUCAGCAGUUACAAAAACCAACGCAGCCGACUUUCAAGAAGUGCUCGAAGCCAAACUACCCGGAGUUGGCCAAUUUGAAAAUCCGCACCGGUACCAAUUCCGAUCCAGAAAGCAGUGCCUUAUUCAAUCCCGCUGAGGUAACGAAAAAUGCUCGCAAAUUUGACGAGAGGGUAAAGAAGCUACAGAUCACCUCGGAUGAUGAUCUGGACGAUAUCGAUGUGCCGUUGACGAAGAGUGAGUCCAGUGACGAGUUGGCGGCCAAUUCCUCUGUGCCACAAAGUCCAGACAAGCCGAAGUCGGUGGCUAUGAGUGCGCCAGAGGAUGCACCCUCGCCCUCGCCAGGCACGUUCACCAACACCAUUAGCUCCGAUGAGUUCCAAGCGUAUCUGGACUCCAAGGGUCUGGCUCUAAUGCCCAGGCGGGAGCUAUUCUCACCGACGCCCACAAUCGCCAGGACCUCGACGCCCAUGCAAACGGCAGAGGAGCGACGGCAACAGGUGGCUGAGUCCCUGGCGGCCCUGCGCAAAAGCAACACCAAGAAGCUAAAUGUACUCCAGCGGAUCUCGAACAGUAUAUUUCCAGCUCGGCGAAAAACCACACCCAAGUCGGAAACUCCAUCGCCUCGGAGUAUCUUCAACGAUUUGGAGAAGGAGGACUAUCGUCGCAAGGCGGACGUGCCCACUGAGAUACGUCGUGUUCUAUUGGAGCGUCAGAGUCCUAACUGCCGUCGCCCAAAUGGGCAAGUUCAAUCUACGACCGAUGAUUCUGGUAUCGAUAAAAGUCCCAGAAAUUGUGACAGCAGCUUGCAGAACAGAAACAACGGUGACACAAGUUUACAAAGGAGAAAUGGUGACACGAAUGUGCCAAUGCGAAAUGGUGCCGCCAGUUUGCAGAUAAGAAACGGUGACAACGCAACUUUGCAGAGGCGAAACGGUGACAACACCCUGCGAAGAUCGACACUGGAGCGAUCAGGUGUUAAUCCCAGACGUCAGUGGCCGGAGGCACAGCAGGUGGGUCGAAUCAACCGCUCCACUUCGGUGGAUCGCAGCCAAUUCAACCAUGAACAGCCGGCUCCUGCCAGUCCUGUGGCCUCAUCGACGCCAGUGCGUGGCCAGAACCAAUGGGACCAAUUGCGGGCCAUCAAAGAGGUGACGGAUCGCCAGCUUUACCACAAGCUUCAUCAGCAGCAGCAACUGCAUGCCCAGCCACUGCAGGGACAACAACUGCAGCAGCAGACAAUCAGACAGCGGCCGAAUGAGGACAUCUACUCUCAGGUGAUAGUCCAUCCCGACCAAACUAAUUUUGUUCGCGGCUCAAUGCAGCGCAACACCUUCUCCGGCAUCAGCGGUCGCAGCCGACCACUAAUGGUUUAUAAUAGUACACCACUGAGACAGCAACAAAUGCAGCAACAGCCGCCGCGAUGUCAGAGUGUCCUGGACAACAUGACGCCAAGUGCUGGAAAUCCGGGUCAACAGACUCCAGUGGUAAUGCGGCAAAGGGCCGCGAACCAGGGGCAAUCGCAGCAGAUGCCAUCACGUCGAAUCGGUGGACUUCUCACGCGCGAAGAGAUUCUCGAAAAGGUCAAGGAGUUUUGCCGCAAGAGCAUCACCCGAGCACCGGAAACCAAGACGCCGCUCCAGCCCAUCUAUAAGCGACAUCUAACGCCCCCUAACGCCGAUGUGUCGCCCGUGUCGUACGCUUCCGUGGAUGAUCAAUGUGCUCGACCACAGGUGCCACAGCGUGUCCAGAGUUUACCCGUCGCCCAGGGGCGCUAUGUUACCAGCGGCAUGUCAGUGGACGGACCGUCACCGAUUUACGCUCAUGUCAGCAAGCGGAACAGUUUGCUGUCCAAUGUCUCCGAACAGUAUUUAUCCAAUCAGCAACUGGGAACACUGGCCAGGCCGGUGCCGCUGAACCAGUUGGUACUGGUGGACACGGGCGAGGGUGUUCAGGUGGCCCAGCUUGUAGACUACCUGCCCUACGUGCGACCGGCACCCGCCCAGGGCUAUAUGAUGCAGGAUGGCAGGGCCACUCCGCUCAUCCUCGACCAAUCGGCCCAGCAGACCAGCCAGAUUUACUGGACACCGCAGCAUCGUCAGCGUAUCUCUCAUCCGGUGCCAGCACCGCGUUUUAUGAAGGGUCAAGCCAUGCCCACGUCCAGAAACAGCACCAUAAGUCGACAUAUGGAGGAAAGGAUGGGGAUGGGUAACGCCUCCGACUGGGAACUUAGCUCGGAAGCUGGGGAAGUACGGCGCAUAAUGGAAAAACAAUUGUAA